GCCAAAUGUUUUGGGAAGUCGAUUGCCAGGUGAAUUCAGAUGCAUUCUUUAAAAGCAACUUCCGAAUGAAGCGCAAAUCAUUCAAUAAAUUGUGCAUUAUGUUGAAAGGCUUGGAGAAGAAAACCACUAACUACCGGAAAACAAUUCAAUUAGAAAAAGGCAUUGCUAUUGCUUUAUAUGCUCUUGGCUCUUCUGCAGAAUACGGAACAAUUGGAAAUAUGUUCGGAAUUGGUAAAAUCACAGUCUGCUCCAUUCUAAUUGAGUUCUGCCAUGAAGUCUGGCGAUGUUUGUGGCCAUUGUAUUUGAAGAAAUUCCCAAUGAACGAAUUUCAAGUGCGGGAGUAUAUAAAUGGUUUUGAGUCAUUGGGUUUCCCUCAAGUGUUAGGAGCUAUAGAUGGUUGUCAUAUAGAAGAUCGCCCAGCAGCAGAAGAUGCUGUUGACUACUACAAUUACAAAGGCUGGUAUUCCACAGUUCUUUUGGCUUUGGUAGAUGCAAGAUGCCGCUUUAUAUACAUCAACGUUGGUAGUCCAGGCCGUUGUAAUGACUCUUCAAUAUUUGAGAGUUCAUCUUUAAAAAGACAGUUGGCACAAUCUAGUUUAUUUAAAAACAUGAGUAGACAAAUUUCGUCAAUUAAUGUUCCAGUAGUUUUAUUGGGCGACUCUGCGUUCAAACUAGAUGAACAUUUGAUGAAACCCUACCCUUUUUGUGUAAACCAACCUUCGGAUAAAAAAAAAUGUAACUAUGUUCUCUCGAAAUGUCGAAGAGUGGUGGAGAAUGCUUUCGGUCUUUUAAAGGCAAGGUUUAGACGCGUUGGCAAAGGCUUGGAUAACCACAUGGUCAACACGAGAGCUGUUAUCAAAGCGUGCUGCGUUUUGCAUAACUUAUUAUAUGAGGAAAAUGAUGAAAUUAAUGAAAAGUGGAUUGCAGCACAACAAAUCGAAAACGAUACUCGAUAGUUGCCAGAAAACGUCUCUUACGUUUGUGGAUAUGUUAACCCAAGAGCAGAGGAAAUAAGACAAGCGUUUGUUUCAUAUUUCGCAUCAUUUGACGAUGACCGAGUCGAGCUACCCGAUGUAGAAGGGCCAACGUCAGGGCUCGGGAGCGGCGACUCCCCUUCUAUUUCUUCCUCCAGGUAAAUCGCCUCCAUAUCACCUGAAAAUAUGCAUACAUAUUAAAAACUUUCUACAAACAAAUAAAAGCAUAAAAAACAUUCCAUAAACGUUUUUCAUUUCGAAUUAUGGAACCUCCAAUACACUUAAAACUUACCCUCGAUGCUGUCCUCCACAAGCUCGGCGGAACAAAAGCUCUUGUAGCCGCCUACCGCUUGGUGUACCGCUUCGUACAAUUUCCAUGUACUCGGGGAGCCACCCGA